AUGCCUGGAAACGUGGAGCAAGAGUGCUUGUUAAAGGAGCUAAAGAACAGAGAAGAAGAAGAAGGAGCAACUUGUUUACAACUAGAGGAACGGAACCUGCCCAGUGAAAAAAAAAGUGAAGACAGAGUUAGCGAGGAUACUGGAUCAGAAACUGGACCAGGUCAUGGUCAAAGUGGACAAGGAAACACACUUUUUAAAUCGAGAGGAUAUAAGGACACAGCUGAUAUUCCAGUUAUUGCAGCAUGUUAUGUUCAAGCCGCCGGGGCCCCACCCCAGGCAACGCUGGCCGCUGGGGCCCCACGCCAGGCAACGUUGGCCGCCGGGGCCCCACGCCAGGCAACGUUGGCCGCCGGGGCCCCACGCCAGGCAACGUUGGCCGCCGGGGCCCCACGCCAGGCAACGUUGGCCGCCGGGGCCCCACGCCAGGCAACGUUGGCCGCCGGGGCCCCACGCCAGGCAACGCUGGCCGCUGAGGCCCACGCCAGGCAACACCGGCCGCUGGGGCCCACGCCAGCCAACACCGGCCGCUGGGGCCCACGCCAGGCAACGCCGGCCGCUGGGGCCCACGCCAGGCAACGCUGGCCGCUGGGGCCCCACGCCAGGCAACGCCGGCCGCUGGGGCCCACGCCAGGCAACGCCGGCCGCUGGGGCCCACGCCAGGCAACGCUGGCCGCUGGGGCCCACGCCAGGCAACGCUGGCCGCUAUGGCCCACGCCAGGCAACGCUGGCCGCUGUGGCCCACGCCAGGCAACGCCGGCCGCUGGGGCCCACGCCAGGCAACGCUGGCCGCUGGGGCCCACGCCAGGCAACGCUGGCCGCUGGGGCCCACGCCAGGCAACGCUGGCCGCUGGGGCCCACGCCAGGCAACGCUGGCCGCUGGGGCCCACGCCAGGCAACGCUGGCCGCUGGGGCCCACGCCAGGCAACGCUGGCCGCUGGGGCCCACGCCAGGCAACGCUGGCCGCUGGGGCCCACGCCAGGCAACGCUGGCCGCUGGGGCCCCAUGCCAGGCAACGCUGGUCGCUGGGGCCCCAUGCCAGGCAACGCUGGCCGCUGGGGCGCACGCCAGGCGCCGCUGGGGCCCACGCCAGGCGCCGCUAGCCGCUGGGGUCCACGCCAGGCAACACCGGCCGCUGGGCCCCACGCCAGGCAACGCUAG